CACAACGGCUUCAUUCCAAACGACUCCCUACAGGAUCAGAAGUGCACUACAUAGGGCAUGAUUUAACGGAUGUCUACGUCAUAUCUAGUGCACGAUAUACCCUAUACGGGUGUUUUUGAGAUUUAGCCGCGUAAAGGCUGAAAACAGAGAAAUCUGAGCGUUUUAAUUAAAAUUCACAAUAGAUUAAAAGCUGAGAUUUAUGAGUUGACAAGGGUGUUUUUUUAUUUUAAAUAAAAAUGACAAUGGACACCGACGAUGAAAAGGUUUACAGCACCAGAAGAAGAGAGCUCCCGCCAAUUUCACAGGUGCAGAAAGCGAAGAUACGACCGUGGGGUCCACGUGCAUUGCCGUCUUUGCCAAGCCAAGAUACGGCAGACGAGAUGCCUGUUCCAAAGAAGAAAAAGAAGAAGAAGGCCAAGCCGGCGGAGAGCACGGAGGCGGCCGAGGUUCCUAAAGCACCUUACCCAGUAUGCAGUGCACAAUUAGGAGGAAUUCUUCAACCUCUUAUAAGAGAUGGCGGGAUCGAGAUGGGAGGCCUGCCCAGUCCGAGACAAUCGGCGAGCCGAGAGCGUUUAACGCCCGAACCUCCUGAAAACCUGCCACAGACAAAGAAAAAGAAGAAGAAAGCUGAGACAGUCGAUCAAGACGGCGAUCAGGCCAACCUGGUGCUGAACAGCGACAUGGCGGAUCAGAACUCGGACGAGGAAACGACACGGAAACCGAAGAAGAAGAAGACGAAGCCUAAAGUGACAGAAACGGAGCAGAAUAAUGACCUGGGCAUCGAAGAUGAUGACAUCAUCACAGGCACCCAACCUCCGAUCCCCCAGCAUGCAUUGUUCUCCGCUCCUCAGGGUCAAAGUCAACCUGUGGCCAAGGUGUUCAUCGAGAGGGAACGCCGUUUUCAGCCUGCUGAGCGUACAGUUCGGCGUAGGACCAGCAAUCAGAUGGAGCACAAUUUCAUGGACGUCCAGUCCACGUGGACCACCAGAGAUGUGUCCAUGAGGGUGCACCAUGGCUUCAGGGUGAUCGGCUUGUUCUCUCAUGGCUUUCUAGCCGGUUAUGCUGUUUGGAAUAUUAUUGUGCUCUACGUAUUGGCUGGAGAUCAGAUGAGCGCAUUGCCAAACUUACUGCAGCAGUACUACAGUCUGGCCUACCCUGCACAGUGCCUCUUUUACUUCCUCCUGGCCCUUAGCACUGUUUCAGCCUUCGACAGAGUGAAUCUUGCCAGAGCACCAACCGCCAUCAGGAGUUUCCUCACUCUCGAUCCUGUGGCCCUCGCUUCCUUCUUGUAUUUCUCAGCUCUGGUCCUGUCUCUAAGCCAGCAGAUGACUAGUGAUCGUAUUAAUCUCUACCGCAGUGUGAACGCCUCACUAUGGCUGCCUGGGUCAGAGCACAGUGUGCUGUAUCCUUGGAUCAUAGUACAGCUGGUGGUCACUCUGUUGGUGGGCUUGGCCUGGGUCCUAGUGUCCACCACCCCAGAUGUGGAUUACACAGAAGAGUCCUUGAUGGCAAUGAAGAUAGAAUAUCCCAGUGUGGAGGAGAAAGGAGGCAUCAGUGCCUGAGAAGUAGCACUGGAUGAAAGCCUUGUAAUCUGAAGGUGAGGACACCAUCUUGGCCUUUGUCUCAGAACAGCCACCAGGAGCACACAGACACUCAUCACCACGAGAGCAGCUACACCAUACAGUCCAUAGCAGAUACCCUGAGGCACUAAACAUAUGGGGGAAAAUAUCAAGACAGUUUUAGUUCCUAUAGAUUGAAGAGCUUUUCAACCAAGGUCUUACCUUCCUGAAGACCAUCUGCUUGGCUCUUAGACGAAACUGGCAAGUCGGCAAGAACAAGGACCAUACCACUAGAGACUAGGACUUUCUUCCCAGAAUUCUGCACAGCUGAAACUGAUCUUUCUGUUGGAUCAAGAAGUUGAUAGAUAUAAGGCAAAGGGGGAUAAGGAGUAGUAUGAGCUUUUCCUUAGUCCAAGACUAACUUACUUGUCCUAUGACAGCUUGGUUCACAGGA